AACUCAGUCUCGGUGUCUUUCAUCUAGGCAGCAGAACCUGCAAACAGAGUGAAUUCAUUGCGUGUGCUGAUCCGUUUGUAUAAUGGCAUCAUACUGAGUUUUUUUAUUAUAAAUUCUUACAAAGUCGCCCUAAUAAUUAGCGGAGACUUUUUGUAAUUUACCAAGUGUUUUGUUGUUGCUCAAUUUGACUUACGGUUUUAAGAAUUCGGGCAGGGGUUGUGGCAUUGUUAAACAAAUUCGUGCAAUAGAAACGGCCACAGAAAACGUAGUUUUAAUAAAGCAACACCCGAUCGCCUAUAGAAUUUUAUCAAACCAAGAUGCCGAAACAUUAUUUCGAGUCAUCGGGAUCUUCAGAACACCCACAACGAUCUCCAUCGCAAGGAAGUGGAGUCGAACCAGGAAAGCGAACUGAUAGUGAGAUUGACCACAUUACAUAUACGUCUUCUGCGAGUGGUAGAACGAAGGAACAGAAAUUGAAAAAGGAAUCGUAUGAGGGUCAGGUGCAUUGUGUAACUGGGAGGUCUGCGUUGAACCUACCUAUUAGUGACAAGUCGACUACUGCCGUCCAGAGGAAGAAGAUAAUCAGCCAGCAAGGCUCUGGGGUCGUGACGUGCAGACCACUUCAAGACUACGGUAGCGAUUCCACACUGCAAGACCACCUCUUCAAGGUUUUGAUUAUUGGAGAAAGUGGUGUUGGCAAGACGUCUAUCAUCAAGCAAUAUGUUUACAACUACUUCUCAGAGCAACAUCCUGCCAACAUUGGAGCUGACUAUGCCUUGAAGGUUGAAAAGUACAACAAAAACAAAGUGGUAAAACUCCAUAUCUGGGAUACUGCAGGGGAGGAGCAAACUGGAGACAUGGCAUCUGCAUAUUACAAGAAUGCAUCUGGAGCAAUCAUUGUAUUUGAUAUAACAAGAUAUGGAACAUUUAAGGAAGUUACCAAGUGGAAGAAUCAACUGGAAACGAAAACAGCACAAUUAAAUGAUAGUGCUGUACCAUGCAUACUACUGGCAAAUAAGUGUGACUUGCAAGAAAUAGAAGACCAUGAUAAGAUCGAUGAGUAUGUCACAGACCAUGGUUACACUACUUGGUUUGAAACCUCAGCAAAAAAUAACCUUCACAUUGAUGAUGCUUUUCAGUGUCUCAUUUCUCAGAUGUUACUCACGGAAGACAAACUUCAUAAAAGACCGAGAAAAUUUCAGAACAUAUAUCUCGUUUCAGCAGACACAGGUCGUAGAAACAGACCAUGCUACUGCUGAAAACACACAGGAUUUACCAUGAUUUGUAAUAAAAUACACAGCACAGAAGUUCCACUAUAAUUUUUGUGCUCAUUCUUUUAUGUAUUAUUUUUAUCAAAGAAAGAUUCAGAAAGGCACAUAAAUCAGACUCUCUUAAUUUUACUUCCUCAUGGCCAAUAUUUGUUUUGAAAUUAUGUAAAUUCGUUAAUCAUUUUCAAAAUUACAUUUAUAGAAUUUUAAUACUACUUAUCUUAUUAGCUUUGUAUUGAAUUAAUUGGAUUUUUGCAAGUGGAUUUAUUGUAUGGUGUUCAGUUUUUCACUGUGAUUAAUUUAAGAGUUAUGUAAGUUAUGUUUUAAAAGUAAGUCUACGGUACUAUGCCUUUGAAGUGAAAUGUACUGGUUUGAAUGUGUAUUUUAAUACAUAAUCAAUCGUUACUUUUGAAAAAUGAGGCUGAGAGUGAGUCAUAAUAGAGAAUGCAGCACUUGAAAAUUUUAAUUUUAUUUUUAAUAAUACUUGUGAUUGUUGAUAUAACUGAUAUUGACAGUGAUGCCUUCAUUUAAUUGCAUUAACGAUGGUCCCAAUCUGUAGAGUGCUUGCCUUGGCAACCCUCAAACUUUUUUGCUUCACCGUGUUCUUGCUGUAUAUGUAGGCUUGCAAAAUGUCAUCACUUACAACAGCAAGUGCAUGGAACAAUCUUGAUGUUACCAACAAGAGACUUAACACUGCAUGAUUAUAAAAUUCUUGUCACUAAUUAUAUCCCUGAAGAUAACAUUCUUAUAGUGGAAUAUUAUUCUAUGGAUGUCAGCAAGUUUCAGCUGUACAGAAAAAAAUAAUGUAUGUUCACUCUUAUGAAUUUAUCAGUUUGCAUGUAAGCUGUGUACAAGAAAUAGAGUGUGAAUCAUUCAGCAUGGUGAUAAAUGUAUGAACUUUC